CGCACCCGGAACAUCGCGAAAGCCAAAAUGAAGAGCUUGAUGCAUGUGGCCCUGAUCGCCCUCGUCGUGUCGGCGACGUGGGCUGAGGAAGCCGAGAAGCCGGCCGCCCAGGAGGCUGCUGCCCCAGAAGCCAAGAAGCAGGAGAAGCGCGGACUCCUCGGUCUGGGCUACGGAUACGCUUACGACGGUGGCUACGACAUCGGCGCCGCUGCUCACGGAGCUCCCGGCCUUGCCCUCGCUCACGGCUACGGAGGCGGCUACGACCACGGACACGUCGCCACCCACCACGAGAAGGUCAUCACCGUCACCAAGAACGUACCGGUGCCCUACCCCGUAGAGAAGCACAUCCCCUACCCGGUCGAGAAGCACGUGCCCUACCCAGUUAAGGUUCCAGUGCCACAACCCUACCCAGUCGAGAAGGAGGUCCCAGUCCCAUACAAGGUCUACGUCAAGGUGCCAGUUCACGUACCCCAGCCCUACCCAGUUGAGAAGAGGAUCCCAGUGCCGGUCCAUGUGCCAGUCGACCGCCCAUACCCCGUGAAGGUCUACGUGCCCCAGCCCUACCCAGUGGAGAAGCACAUCCCGUACCCCGUGAAGGUCCCAGUGCCCCAGCCCUACCCAGUUGAGAAGCAGGUGCCUUACCCAGUGAAGGUGCCCGUCCACGUGCCGCAGCCCUACCCAGUGGAGAAGAUCGUCCAGGUUCCAGUGAAGGUCCCAGUCGACCGCCCAUACCCCGUCCCAGUGCCCAAGCCCUACCCCGUCGAGGUCGAGAAGCCAGUGCCUUACCCAGUGGAGAAGCACAUCCCGUACCCAGUCAAGGUACCAGUCGACAGGCCCUACCCCGUCCACGUCGACAGGCCCGUGCCAGUGCCCGUCAAGGUCCCAGUACCCCAUCCCUACCCCGUCGAGAAGCAGGUGCCCUAUCCAGUAGAGCGCCCAGUGCCCUACCCCGUCAAGGUCCCGGUCGACAGGCCCUACCCCGUUCACGUUGACAGGCCCGUCCCUGUCGCGGUCGAGAAGCCAGUCCCCUACCCAGUCAAGGUCCCGGUCGGCGUCCCAGUCGUUCACAAGCAGCACUACGGACACGAGGCCUACAACAACUACAACAACUACAACGACUACGGCCAAUACGGACACUAAGCUCCGAGCCGACAACAGCCACACUCUGCCAGCAGAUCUCGCGCGCAAUGUCAGCAGCUCCCUGACCGACUCUUCAGCGCAGCAGCAGCAGCAGCAGCAAAAGCAGCAACAAACAGCGCCUCCACUAAUUAACAUACGAUUAAGGCUUCUUCUACUUUUUUCACACCUCGACUCUAUCUACUCUACACGCGAUCUUUUGUAAAUUAUCUCUCUCCGACAAUGCGCGGCGUAGGUGGACCGACCACGCGCGACUAAAUUGUUAACGAUCCUGCGAGAUCGUGCUGAUUGGCAACUGUACUGACUGUACGUCACACGACGGCCUGCAGGAAGAGCUGGACGCGCACGAGGAUACACGCUCGCGCGCUCGACUCCGUCGACCGCGCGGACGCUUACCUUACACACUAUGAUGACAAGAUCCAGCUGUUCCGCAAGCCCUGUUACGUACGCGAAUGGAAAAAAAUUGCGAGGACCAGGACCUCGGUGUAGAUUUACUUGUAUGUUCGUAUUUUGUACCGACUUAGGAGAUUAAUGUAUUUUUUAUACGGAAAAGACAUAAAGAACACAUGAAAAAUUUA